UACACCACAUGACACCACACUGACACAUACAUCACGGUGAGUCCCACUGAAGAAGGACAGAAGUCUGAGUCCUGCAUGAACUCUCCAGCAGUUCUGCAUCAGGACCACAGAGGAGCUCUCCUGGACACUUGGAGAUAAUCUGAUAAUUGAGCUGAGAGGAUUUUCUGACUGCUGAUGAGAAGCACAGCAGAGAGGAGAGAGGGGGAGGAGGAGGAGGAGGAGGAAGCGGAGAGGAGCUGCAGGAGCAAGAGGAGGAGGCCGCUGAAACUCCACAUGCCUGACCUGAGUGUGUUUGCGAUGCCCUUCCUGGAGGGAGAUCCUGUCCGAGCGGACAAAGACAGCAGCAGGAAGGGGGAGCCUCUGUGCCACUCUGCCAGCCCCACCAGGAGCUUCCUCCAUCGGGCUCCGUUCAGCCGGCCCUCCAGCCCUCGCUCCGCUCCUGCCCGAACCUCCAGCUCCAAGAUGAGUCCCAGCUCCCCCAAAACCAUCUUCCCCUACCAGACCGGACCCCCCCAGCAGGACUCUCCCUCCAAGUCUCCACGCAGGCUGAGUUUCAGUGGGAUCUUCAGGUCGGCCUCCAGGGAUUCAAACCAGCAACCCUCGUCCCCUGUCGGCAUCAAACUAUUCAGCCGCACCAAGAGAGACAAGGCCAGAGCCCACAGCCUCUCCUCCCCUCCCUCUCAGCCUCCCUCUCUCCCCCGUCAGGAGGAGGUGAGUGUUUUCCGUCUGGAGACGUACCUGACAGAGCCGAGGCGUCCAGAGACCAGGAGGCUGCGCUCCUUCUCCUCCCCUCCUGACACUGGACAGCACUCCUCCUCCUUCUCCUCCAGCUUCAAGCCGCCUCCUCUGGCUCCUUCUCUUCCUGUCAGGAGGCUGGUGGAGGUUGCAGACGGCAUGUCGGAGCAGCCGGACCCCGAUGAUGCUGCGUCAGCCGAGUCAGAGAGAGACAUCUACAUGCGCUUCAUGAAGUGUCACAAGUGUUAUGACAUCAUCCCCACCAGCUCCAAACUGGUGGUGUUUGACACCACACUGCAGGUGAAGAAGGCGUUCUUUGCUCUGGUGGCAAACGGAGUGAGAGCUGCUCCUCUGUGGGAGAGCAAGAAGCAGAGCUUUGUGGGAAUGUUGACCAUCACAGACUUCAUCAACAUCCUGACCAGAUACUAUAAAUCCCCCAUGGUUCAGAUCUACGAGCUGGAGGAACAUAAGAUUGAGACGUGGAGAGAGCUGUACCUGCAGGAGACCUUCAAACCUCUGGUCCACAUCUCACCUGACGCCAGUAUAUUUGAAGCAGUGUACUCGCUGAUCAAGAAUAAGAUCCACCGUCUUCCUGUCAUCGAUCCGGUCAGUGGGAACGCUCUCUACAUCCUGACUCACAAGAGGAUCCUCAAGUUCCUGCAGCUCUUUGUGUGUGAGAUGCCCAUGCCGGCCUUCAUGAAGCAGUCUCUGGAGGAGCUGGCCGUGGGGACGUACGCCAACAUCGCCUACAUCCACCCGGACACACCGCUCAUCACCGCGCUGUCUGUCUUCACACACCGCCGCGUCUCCGCCCUCCCCGUCGUCGACCACAACGGUAGAGUGGUGGACAUCUACUCCAAGUUUGACGUGAUUAACCUGGCGGCAGAGAAGACGUACAACAACCUGGACGUGACGGUCACUCAGGCUCUCAGACACAGAUCCCAGUACUUUGAAGGAGUCAUGAAGUGCAACAAACUGGAAACACUGGAGACCAUCGUGGACCGUAUCGUGAAGGCAGAGGUUCACAGGCUGGUUGUUGUUGAUGAAGAGUCUCGUAUCGUCGGCAUCGUCUCACUCUCUGACAUCCUGCAGGCGCUGGUCCUGACCCCCGCAGGUCUAGGGAGGAAGGAGUCUCUCCCAUCUCAGCCAACAGGUUUGGACUCAACAGAACCAGAGACAGGAUGUCAACCUGGACUAGACCAGGACCAGGACCGGGGACUGGAGACAAGGACAGAGACAGAAUAUAAACCUGAACCAGAUCAAGACCAGGAGCAGGAGCUGGACCAGGAGCUGGGUAAAGAAAGAGAAACAGAGACAGGCUGCGAGGACACAGAUACUACUGAGACCUGCCAGCAGGGGGAGACAGAGAGACACUCAGAGGGGGAGACAGAAAGAGAGGGAGAUAAACAAGUGAGACAGACAGAAAGUGGAGAAACACUAGAGACAGAGAGACAGACAGAGGGGGAGGGUGACCAGACGUCCCGAAAAAUUCAGGACAGUCCCGAAAUCCAAACAGUUGUCCCGAAUCCUGCCCUGAUUGUCCCGAAAAUGACACUAGAGCAGAGUCUGGAGUAG